AUGCAGCUUUCUGACUCAGAUAAUUAUGUCGCCUGGGUUCAGUGCAGCAAGAAAAUAUGUGGGAAGUGGAGACGGCUGGAAGACAAUGUGGAUCCAGCAACUCUGCCAGAGGACUGGAUAUGCAGUCAGAAUCCAGAUCCUCUGUACAAUAUGUGCGACCUACCAGAGGAGGUUUGGGAUGGAAGAGAGAAUGACGUUAUUUAUGCUGAGCUGGUUCCUGGUUCCAUAGUGUGGGCAAAGCAGCUUGGAUAUCCAUGGUGGCCUGGGAUGGUGGAACAUGAUCCUCAGACUGGGAAAUACUUUAUGUUCACAAACGACUCAGAUCAGUUUCCGUCAAAAUAUCAUGUUACAUUUUUCGACACGACGGUAAGCCAUGCAUGGAUCUCUGUACCACUGAUAAAGAGUUUCCAGGAAAUUCCUCAAGAGAAAAACGUGGCAAAACGUGAUUUCACCAAGAGGAUCAAUGCUGGAAAGAAGAUGGCUGAAGAGGCUCAGGAAGUGAAAAUACAGGACCGAAUAUCCCACUUUGGUUUUGCUGUCAGAUACAAGAGAGAUGGAGAUACUGAACUUUCUGAAGACAAUUCCAGUCAGGAAUCACUGGAGAUUCCCUGCAAUAUCAAGGACGCAAAAAGACCUAAGCUCGGGAAGAAAGAGGAUAUCUGGAAUGAGGACUGUGCAGAGAAGGAGCCUACUGUGGCCGAAACCCAUCAGCUGACAGCCAGAAAGGAAAAAGGCGGCCAUGGCAUCAGCGCUGGCCCAAAGAGACAGAGGAAACAGGAAUCUCCACUACAGCUCGUGAGGAAGGCAUUUCCGAAUCAGCCCAAGCGGUUUAGAGAUCCCACGGUGAAAAGGGACAGCGCUGGGGACAGUCGGAAAGUUGCUGAGAAAUCGGCAGUCUCAAAUGGGAUUAAAGAGCUGGAUAUGGGUCCCCUGAAAGCCAAGUUGACUGAGGACAAAGUCACAAGGCAUGGUCACGUUAAGAGAAAUUCUUGCCUAAAUCCUGACCUCUGCAACAUGGAGUUGGCCAUCUCAUCUGAUCCAAAUGAAGGAGAACCCCCGAUGGAGCAGAAAGUCCUCCGCAAAGAUCCCACCACACCCCGCAGAGAUGGCCCAGACAAUGAAAACGUGACCAAGUUGCUUCAGGAAGUCAUGUCAAAUAAACAGGAAGCUGAUACGUUCUCAGAUGAUGACAUGGCAAUUUUAACGUUGAAGAAAUCAGAAGAGGAAGAAGAGUUUGCUGAGUUCAUGUUUGAGGAGUAAUUGAAGUAUCUGUCGUUGAAUGUUGCAUCCUAUUAUCAUACUUCACAAGAAUCUUAAUUUCAUUCUCAACUGUAGAAAAUAUAAUCUAAUGCCGAAAAUCUUAUUGCAUGUGUGGUCAGCGGUACCACGGUUUGUUAUGAGAGUACCAUAUUAGUUUUCUGUGAACUAUGGGUUUGUUAUAGGGCAUCCUUUUGGGCUGUGUUUCCAGAGGUUUAUUGGGGGGCUACCAGAUGUUCGAGCUGUGAUUCAGGAGGACUACUGCACGUUUGCAUGGUGAUCCUAGGGUUUAUUAUUGGGCUGCCACACAUUCAGGCUGUGAUCCAGGGGUAUAGGGUACAUGCGUGGGAUGUAGGGUUACAGCAGUUUGUCCAAAGGCUUUAAGUGCAGGUCGUGUAAUCAUAUGAAUCGAGGUUCAUUCUCACGGUGGAGGUUCUCCUGACUUCAGACGAUAGUGUAACAUUCAUGUUAUCGGUGUGUCCACCCGCUAAAUACCUCUCCUGAUUUAGGUACCGGGAUAGGUUUUUAAUGGGUGCUUGAGGCAAUAUUGCUCAUUUUACCUAUGCUGUUUCCUAAUGAUGCAAUUCUGUGUCUCCUCCUUUUGUUUCCAUUUGUUCCUUCUCUUUGACCUAGUCACCCGCUCUCUACAUUUUGAAGUAAAUUUAUUCUUUCGUCUAAAUAGCUAAUGUGGCUGCUUCUUGUGAUUGUCUUGCCAGCAAAUUAAUGGUUAAGAUCAGGAAUAUACUGCUUGACAGUGUAGUGGAGGCAGGUUCAAUCAAGGCUUUCAAGAGGGAAUUGGAUUAUUAACUGAAAAGAAAAAAUGUGCAGGGUUAUGGGGAGAAGGCAGGGAAGUGGCACAACAUUUCUCAUUCAGAGAGCUGGCACUGACACAACUGGCCAAAUGGCCUCCUUCUGUGCUGUAACAAUUCUGUAACAAUUCCAUUGUUGUAGCCAGCAGCUAGUUGUAAUAAUAACCCCGAUUAGAUUAAAGUGUUUUAUAUUAUUUCAACGGCUUUAUUGAGAUCUAGAGUCGAAAUGUUUAAAAUUCUGAAUCCAGCUCAUCCGUUCGACUGCGGGUAUUUCCCCCAACUUCCCCUGCUGGUUUAGUGGGUGAGCAGCCUGCGUUGUCUGGUGCAAGCCAUGCUGAGGGCUGUAGUACCAGCUCUGAAUUCCUGUCUGCUGCCUGUCAGCCUCUCGCCACAUGUCCAAUCCACCCUCAUCCAAGGCCAGCAACUGGAGUAUUACAGUUCCCUUUAACGUCCCAGGCCUAGGAAGCGGGGAAACCAGCCCCUGACCCUGACACUUAUAGAACAGUCAAACACAGAGGGAGGCCCUUUGGUCUGUCAGGUCUGUGGCAGCUGGCUCUUUCAGAGAGCAGCCCAGUUAAUCCCAUUCCCCCUGCUGUUUCCUCAUGUCCCUGCAAUCCUUUUCUCCUUCGAGAAUUUAUCCAAUUCCUUUUUUGAAAACUGUGUUUCCUCCUCCCUAUUGGGCAAUGAAUUGCAGAUCCUAACCACUCACUGCAAAGAAGGCUUUUGUUAUGCAGUCUCUGAUUCUUUUGCCAACCGCUUUAAGUCUGCAGCCUCUGCUUAUCAGCCGUUCAGGCCAUUGUAAACAACUUCUCUUGACCCCAUCUGAGCCCUUCAUGAUUGUAACCACUGCUGGGGAGUGUUCAGUGUCAGCUGGGGAUUGAUUUGGACGGUUACUGAGGCUCCUGCUCGAAGUAUAACCCCUUGGAUGAGUUACCAGAGGGCAGGGGGAAUGGGGUGAGAAGGGGCACUUACUUUAUUGAAAAACAGUUCAGAAUUUUAACAUUAUAAAAGCUCGUUCUAUUAAACUUUUUCUUAAAAAGUUUGCCAUUGUUAAUUAAUUCCGUUAGAGCGAAGCAGAGGAAGGAACCACCAAGAAUAAUUGUCAGGCUGACAUCACCUUCAAAAGCAGCUUAAUAAUUCCUUACCAAUGUCUGACCUUAAAUAGCAGGAGCUGUUAAUGGACUGAGAUGCUUCUUGAUACCACAAGUUUGGUUUGACGGUUACUAAUGACCUGUUUACAACUUAAGGGUGGAGGAUGUUCAGUUGAAGUGCAGGGCAGGAAAUGCUAGAGAAGCAGCCAGUGCUGUACCGUUGUAUGUUGCUCUUGCCCCGUGCUUAUCAUCAGGAAAAGUGGGAAAACCAUCUAGUUGAUUUCAAAAGGCGAACCCUCCGUUUUCUUCGUGAGCUGGUCUGGUCUCUGGGUUUCUCCAGGUCACCCAUUGCCACUGUUGCUGGGUUGAGUGCCUGACAGUCUCUUCUCCCACCAGGGAUAGACAGCUUCACUGCCAAGAACUCACCCGAUUAACUUGAAAGUCUAUCAGUUGGGCUGCCAGACUGCGGUAACAUUUUAACAUUGCCAUGGCAACCGUAUGCCAUUGCGAUGAGACUCGGCAGACUUCCAGGCUCGACUAACUAACUGCUCUUCCCUUUCCAUCUUAAAAUUCUUCAGGGCUACACGAUAGGUUUGACAAAAUAAUACAUUCCCAGUAGAUUUGUGUUUGGUUAAAAAGCUACUUGACUGACUAACAAAAUAUAUGUAUGUGUGUGUGCGCGUGUGUGAAUUUGUGUGUGUGAACCUGCAUGUAGGUGUGUGUGUGUGUGUGUGUGUCCCUGUGUGUGUGUGAAUGUGUGUGUGUA